AGUUAUUGUUCAUGGACUCACGUGAUCUCGUUUCUACCUCGCGUCAGUCCCCUCCCCCACGCGUUCCAUGCCACUUCCAAACUCAAUCACCACCACCAACCUCAUCCCACUACAUCCGCCUGUCGUGCAACCUGGCCAAAUGUCGUCUCAAAGUUCAACAUGGGCCAGCGCACGUUCACGGUCAUCCCGAAAUUCCCGGGUCAUGCGGAUUCUCCCGACAAACCGCCCUUGCGGCCCAUGACCUCGAAACAAGUCCGGAACGCCUACAAAGCAGCCAAUAAAGGCCCUAAACUCACACGGGAAGAGUCACGGAGACAAGAGAGGGCUGAGCAGGAAAGAAUCAGAAAGGAAUUCGAACGGGAGAAGGCGGCUGCUAAGGCAAAGGUUGCGAGGGACAAGAAGAAGGAGAAAGAGUUAGCGGAGAAAGAAGCGAAACGAAAGAAAGGAUUGCCUCUGGUGAAUGUUCGACCCAGUCAAGAAACGAUUUCAUGGUUUGUGAGAGGGAAUAGUACUUCAAAGAAGAGAGACGCCCAAGGGAACAGCGUUAAAGACGAGAAUGCGACAGCGAAUGGGAGUAAUACGGACAUGAAUGAAGCGAUAAGAAGCGAUGAAGAACCACAACAACCGGCGACUAAGGCGCAGAAGCUUGAUGGCAUACACGAAGACGAUGAGGAAAUAUCUGAUGCUGCCAUGGAAACCAUUGUCGAGGACCUACCACCCAAACCCUCACGGGAAUCACCAAACCCUCAAUGCCCUGAGAUGGAAAAAGAGGCAAUUGCAGAACCUACAGAACAAACAGAAGCCCUUGACGAACCGGAAACGGCACCAGAAAACCCACCAAUGCCCGAAAUAGAGCUAGAAGGAAUGGAGGAUGAAUUGGAUGCGGAUUUUGAAGAAGAUCUGGCCCUGGGAAUUCUUGAGGAUAUUGAAGCAGCUAUGGGCAAUCCAAAAUCCAAGACGAAUCACGGAGCUGGCAAGAUUUGCGAUCAACCACCCAAAGCAGCAUCUCCUGUAUUAAAACAGCCUGUGGAGACCACCAGACGAGCCAUACCGAAUCGCUACGCAGAAGAUCUGGGCUUACAGCGUCCUGCUCCUCCAGUCUCUUUUGCCAAACCGCCUCUUCCACAACGCAACUUGGAACCACGAUCCCCAUCUCCACCGCACCAAGAACCACCCAUGAGCACGCAAGCUAUUCUCUUCAACCUGGACGAUUUCUUCCCUUCAUCGUCUCAACAAGUCCGAGAACUUGAGGAAGAGCUGGAUGAGGGCAUAAUGCCAUCUGCUCCUUUACACUUGACCCCUAUUGCAGAAGAAGAGGAAGAGGAAUCUUUCGAUGAAGGACCAGAGAAAUCACCAGACCAGCCCCCUUUACCAGCACUCGAACCCGCCUCGGACUCGCCACCUCCACCACCAAGACGCUUCUUCACUUCUUCUGGCUCACACGAAAGAAUGUGUCUAGCUCUACAGAGAAGUCGUCGUACAGCUGCAUUGGAGAAGAUUCAGCAACGCGAGCGAGCUCGUAUCCAGGCUGGUAUGAUCGAGCAAGCCCAAGCAGAGUCCCGCAGAAUUUGCAAACCACGUGAAACUACAAGAAAACAGCCACCAGUGUUUUCUAACCCUCCUCCACAUGGAGCUCAAUGCAAUCAACCACGAAAACCUCCGUUCAAGACACCACCUUCACUACACAAAGCACCGCAUGCCAGCACGACCACUCCCGCAAAGCGAGCUGAGCCUCAACAACCUAAACAACCUCCUAAGAAGCCCUUACCUAGACUAUCCAACAACCCUAACAUUAUUAACCCUCGGAUCCCACCAAAACGAGUAGAGACUCCGAAACAACACCUACCACCACUACCGCAAGAAAGCAAAGAAAACCAAAAGUCGCCACAACAGCCUUUUGCACUUAGUGCUUCGCAAGAGUCAUAUGGCGGCGAAUGGGUCGAUGAUUUGGACCUAGACUUCAUGAUAUAACGAUAAACAUGUACCUUGGAUGACGACUACCGACAUGGCCGAAUUGCACAACACUGGGAGGAAUUACAGCAUGGCAUGGGACCACACGAUGGAUCGGAGUUAAGGGGCAUUAUAUCACCCUUUUUGUACGGGUGCUGGGUGGCAAAGAUAUGCAUGUUUUACUCACGACAUAGCGACGGCG